AUGGAGGACGCUUGGACCAGAGGGCGCCCACUUUACCAUGUGUCAACUGCACUAUGUGGAGUUCAGUUUUUCUGUCCGGGAAUCCGCGGCAAGAUUCCUGAAUCUUGGAGACUCUUCCGCGUGUGGAGACGAUUGGAAGUACCAUGCCGGGCGCCCCCAAUGGCGCAAGAGAUUGCGUUUGCCAUGGCGGCUUUAGCUAUUCACAGAGGUGAUUUGAUUUUUGGAGCCUUGCUCCUCACUGCCUUUGAGGGCCUUCUGAGGAGAGGAGAGUUGUUAGGACUUUGCGGAUCAGAUCUGCUGAUCAGGAACGGCCAAGGGCUAGUCAGGUUAGCAAACACGAAGACUUCUGAUCGGAAAGGUGUCACUGAAAUGGUUACACUCCACCAUCCUUGGGUGAUUAUGGUACUUCAAACACUCCUGGAAUAUUUGCAGGAAAAGAACCUGAAAUUCGCGAAAAUUUGGGGAGGCACCCCUUCGACCUUUCGCCGCCGCUUUAAGGAGUACUGUAGGCUGCGGGUUCAGGCCAUACAGCCUCAGACGGGGUGGCGCGACUAA